AUGCCUCCUCAUCGCAACACCCCAGCUUCAACCGGCUCCAAGAGUCUGACUUUCCAAGCAGCAUAUACUACUAAAAUGUCUACCGGUCGACGACAAGAAAAGUUCAAUUGCCUCACUUCCGGUGUUGAUGAGGCUGAUCUUCGUGAAGCCACAGCAGAACUUCGAGGAUGGUUCGAUCACGUUGUGACGACCGACUCCGAUGCCAAUACCCUAUAUCACAGCCACAUCACUUAUGGAUCGUCCCAACCUAUCGCAGCCCAAAGCGCUUUACAAUCGAUCCUUGCCACGGCUGCUUUGAACCAUAACGGAGAUAAUGCCGGUUGCAAAUACCAGUUCUUCACCGGGUAG